ACCUAUGUGCGGACACUGAUAGAAGUCACAAGACUGCUCUAACUGCUGAUGAGAAAAGGUAUUUAUCAGUUUAUAUUUACUAAAAUAAUUGCAUUUCCAUGUUGUGUGUACUGUGGGAGACCAGAUAUAGUGAAUGCAGGGUCCUGGGAGACCAGAUAUAGUGAAUGCAGGGGUCCGGGAGACCAGAUAUAGUGAAUGCAGGGUCCGGGGAGACCGGAUAUAGUGAAUGCAGGGUCCGGGGAGACUGGAUAUAGUGAGUGCAGGGUCCGGGGAGACCGGAUAUAGUGAAUGCAGGGUCCGGGGAGACCGGAUAUAGUGAAUGCAGGGUCCGGGGAGACGGAUAUAGUGAAUGCAGGGUC